AUGGGUUUUGUGCGGCCAACGCUGGACCUAGAACCCGUCGAAGGGGAGGAAAUACGGACUCUUCUUGAGCUCAUCGACUUCCACCGCGUGCAUAAUGCAAGCUAUGAGUUCUGCCAGCAGGCAUGGAAGGGAGCUGACUGUCAUACAUUCCUCCACGUUGACUACCAGCAGCUGCACACGGCCAUCUCCCGCUCUCAGGCAUGGCUGCGCUCCAACCUUGAUCUCCAGACUCCCCAGCUGCAGAGCGAUGGAACAGUUGUAAAGGCUGCUCCAGUGGCUCUGCUCAUGGAGUCACAUGUUGGACUGGCUAUAUACACGCUGGCCUUGAUGGGCCUGGGGGUACCAGCAAUGCUGCUAUCCGCUCGAUUGAGCUCUGUGGCAGUAGCUCAUCUCCUUCGAGAAACAGGAGCUGAGAAGAUCCUCGUCUCUCCACGGCUGCAGCCAAUCACCCGAGAAGCAGCAAUCGACGGCGCGGUGUUUGACCCGGCAGCAUAUCAAGAGUUGCUGGCUGCACCGGACGACAACGUAUUCUCUAUAGACCCUGUAAUCGCACUCCCUCUGCACUACGUGUCCGAAACCGAUCGAAACGUCCUUAUCCUGCAUUCCUCCGGAACCACCGGCCUCCCAAAGCCAAUAUACUGUUCCCAUCGCCAUCUUCUGGGCUUUGCACGCUGCCACGAGUUUACCAAUGAAAUAGCUCCCGGUUUGCUUGUGUCGACCUCUCCUUACUUCCACCCGUUUGUUAUUCCCCCAUCUACAGCCAUCCUAACAGGUCUGUCUGUCAUUGAGUUAAUGGAGGACUGCAAGGCCAAAGCCCUGUUAACAGUCCCCUCCAUCCUGGAGGAAAUCGCCCUGCUGCCUUCCGACCGCGGCCUCAACACCCUGCGAAAACUCGACUUUGUUGCCUUUGGCGGGGGCCUGCCCAAGGAAGGCAUCGCACAGAGACUAGUAUCGACCGGUGUGCGCUUGAUCAACCACUAUGGAGCGACAGAAACCGGGCCCAUGACGCCGUUCUUCCAGCCAGAGCCUAACCACGACUGGCAUUUCUUCCAGCUGCGAGUCGAUACUCUGAGUCCGCUGCAGGUGCGACUCGAGCCUGUGGCAAACGAGGAACAGCAGCAGGAGAAUGCGUUUCAGAUGAGUAUGCGGCCGUUUGGCUGGACAGAGCGGUUUGAGCUGCAAGAUCUUCUCAUCCACCACCCUGCUGGUGGGGAUCGGUGCUACACAGCUGCGGGGAGGAUAGACGAUCUCAUUUGUCUCGCCACGGGGGAGAAAGUGCAGCCGACGAUUCUGGAGCAGCUACUUGGGCGGCUGGAGAGUGCCAGUGCCGCGACGGCCUUUGGGAAUAACAAGUUUGAGCUGGGGGUUAUCGUCGAGGCACGAGACGCUAUCGAAAACGAAGAAGCAUUCAAGGACAGCAUAUGGCCUGUGAUUGAAGAGGCUGGGCAGCAGAUGGAUGCUCAUGCGCGAAUCUCGUCGCCGCAUGCGGUUCUGGUCGUAUCGCCAGGCACGCUGCCUCGGUCUGACAAGGGGACGGUGUUGCGCAAGGAGGUGUAUAAGCUGUUUGACAAGGAGGUCGACCAGGUCUAUCAGCGGCUUGAUGUCAUCGUUCAUGCGCCUCCCAUCGACUGCAUAGCGCCGGCUGUCAGCGUGCGCGCGCUCGUCCAAGCCAAUAUCCGCCACCCCGAUGGAGAGUGGUCUGAUGAGAAUGACCUGUUUCAGCUCGGGAUGGGCAGUCUCCAAGCGACGAAGAUACGACGGUUGCUUUCUGCUGCCGUGGCAAGGACUCCAGAGAUUGAGGUAGAAGUUUCGCCAGAUUUUGUCUACAAGCAUCCGUCGGUGCAGAAGCUGGUGGACGCACUGUUUCAACGAUCUUCUGAUGCAGUGGACAUCCAUGAGCUGGUCAACAGAUAUUCUGUCCAUCCCUGUACAGUUCUGAUUACGGGGUCUACUGGAAGCCUUGCCUCCUUUGUCCUUGCCCAGCUCCUGAGUGAUCCAAAUGUUGCGAAAAUCAUAUGCCUGAACCGCGUGUCCAAGGAGGACGAAGACCCCGUCGUGCAACAACGGAAGACAAUGGCGUCGCGAGGCAUAGAGAUAGAUGACGGAUUGUGGUCUAGGGUAGAGAUUGUGUCGACCAACAUAUCAGCACCGCAGCUGGGUUUGGAACCGAGCCAGUACAACGACAUCGUGUCGCGGGUGACGCAUAUCCUGCACUUGGCCUGGCCCAUGAGCUUCCACAUGCAGUUAUCCUCGUUCGACGCCUCAUUCUGCACGGUUACCAAUUUUGUACAGCUGGCGGGCGAUAUCAACCGCAGACAGUUGGGCCUCAAGCCGCGUCUGCUGUUUAUUUCAUCCAUCUCAACCGUAGGCCUGUACCCGGUGGUAUAUGGGGAACGUAUAGUGGCUGAAGCCCCCACGAUGGACCCUAAUUGUGCGCUAAGGCUGGGAUAUGGGCGUGCCAAAUGGGUAUGCGAGCAGAUAAUUGAGCGGGCUGCCAGGAAUUACCCGGAGCUGGACCUAGGAUUUGUGAGGGUUGGACAGGUGGCUGGGUCUCGUCGAGGAUACUGGAACACGCAGGAGCACUUUGUGGCGCUAGUCCAGCCGUCUCAAAAGCUGGGAGCAUUCCCAGCUUUGAAGGGGACGCUCUCCUGGUUGAUAUGA